AUGGGUUGUCCAUCUCCCACAGACCAGCUGGGGCAAGAACAAGAUGGAGGAUGGUGGGGGGGUGGACAUUGUCGCCUGAGGGAGGAGGAGCCUGUCUCCUCCUCAGUUGUGGGUGGAGCAUCAGAGCUGGCCUUCCUAAAAGAACCCAAUGAUAUCAUUGCGGUGCGGGACCGCCCCCUGAUGCUUGACUGUCAGGUAGAAGGGGAGGUGCCUAUCUCUAUCACCUGGAGAAGGAAUGGUGUUCCUGUGGCAACCGGCAUCAAGGCAACGGUGCUCGGCAACGGCACGCUGCUCAUCAGAAACUUCUCCAAGAGACGAGAGAGUAAUGAGACGGAUGCAGGAGAGUACGACUGCGCCGCACAGAACCGCUACGGCAUGUUGAUCAGCCGCAAGGCCCGAGUCCAACUCGCAUCCCUCCCUAAGUUCCUGUCUCACCCAGAGUCCGUUGCUGUGGAUGAAGGGGGCGUGUCCAGACUCACCUGUCAGGUAAAUGGAAUCCCAGAGGCCAACAUCACCUGGCAGAGAGAUCGACGCCCACUGAGUACAGAGGACCCCAGGUACACUCUGCUUCCUAACGGCGUCCUGCAGAUCACCAGCGUUCAGCGAAAAGACAGUGGCUUGUUUCGCUGUGUCGCCUCAAACAUCGCCAACACUCGAUACAGCCACGAGGCACAGCUGUCUGUGACUGUUGCAGGAUCCAGAAUCUACCAGGAGCCUGUCAUCCUGUCUGGACCUCAGAACCUCACCAUCAACAUCCACCAGACGGCCAUCUUGGAGUGUAUCGCCACAGGGAACCCCCGCCCCAUUGUGUCCUGGAGUCGCCUCGAUGGCCGCUCCAUGGGUGUGGAGGGGAUCCAGGUUCUGGGAACAGGAAACUUGAUGAUCUCUGAUGCGACUGUGCAACAUUCAGGAGUUUAUGUUUGUUCAGCGAACAGACCAGGAAGUCGCUCGAGAAGAACAGCGCUCGGACGACUCGUCGUUCAAGCUCCUCCAGAGUUUGUGCAGUGGCCGCAGUCUGUCUCCAGACCAGCAGGGGGCAGUGCUGUCUUCAGCUGUACAGCAUCUGGCGUCCCUGAACCGCACCUCAUUUGGCUGAAGAACGGCAAACUGCUGACACCCAGCGGCAACGUCAAACUGACCAAUGGAAACACGACACUUGCCAUCACUCACAUCACGCCCGAGGACGAGGCCAUCUAUCAGUGCAUCGCUGAAAACAGCGCCGGGACAAACCAGGCCAGUGCUCGUCUCGCCAUCAGCCAGGGGCCCGAACUCCCUGAGGCCCCCACCGGGCUCCAGGCGACGGCCCUGAGCUCGAGCAGCCUGCAGCUGACGUGGGAUCAGCCCGUGGAACACGUCAGUCACGUGAUCAUUGGAUACGUUCUGCACGUGCGACGACUCGGAGAGCCGGACAGUGCAGAGCUGCAGGAGGCCGUCAGUCAAAGCUCCUUCACACACCACUUCAACAACCUGGAGGAGGCCACCACGUACGACCUUUACCUGAAGGCCUACUCUGCUCGGGGGGGAAGUCAGAGGUCCAACAGCAUCACAGCCACCACGCUGGGAGGAGUUCCCACUUCUCCCAGUUUCUUCACGAAGGUUCUGAACCAGACAGCGAUGCAGGUGUACUGGGACCUGCCGGUGCCUGGGAAGCUGGAGGGCUUCAGACUGGAGUACCGCAGGGUUUCUAACCCCAACGUCCAGGGACAGGAAACCUUCCCCGCCCACGUCAACACACACACGGUGUCCCACCUGGAACCUGCAGCCGUGUAUGAUAUCCAGCUGGUGGCGUUUAAUGGCAACGGCGACAGUCCAGCCAACCGGCGCCUCGUGUCUCUGAACGAGGGAGGAAACACAGCAGCAGCUGGUCCGACCUGUAACUGUGAUCAGUCCGAUGGAUCUGUCUCCACUCUGCUGGUCGGGGUCCACAGUGGCCUCGCCUGCAUCCUCUGCUGCAUCAUCUUCAUCCUGCUGGGAUACAGACGCAGUUUGUUCUGUAGGAAGGCAGCGAGCUGGGAUGCUCCGCCCACCCUGAAUGAUGUCAGAGAUCCUAAAGGUCACAUACCUGAAAACAUUGAGCUCAGCCAGAGAUGUGACUCCGCCCCUCCUCCAGUGAUGGUCAUGGUUGAAGCAACAUCCCCCUUUCAGCCAAUCCCAGGCACUAGAUAACCUCCCCCCCACCUCCCCCACCCCAGCCUGGGGUCGGCUCCUCUGCUUCUGACAGCCUUACAACCCCCGACCCAUUAUAAUGACACACUGAGAUUGAUGAAGAUGAAGAUUAUGAUGAAGAUGAUGAUGAUGUCACAGGGAUGAAAACGCAGAUGUUCAGAUGAAGAAUUUAUUCUUCACACUGAAACCAAAGCUUUUUUUACAUAGCUCAUGUGAAUGAUUCCCGUGUGACAUCACUUGCUGAUGUUUGCUGUUGCUGAAACCAAAACCUUUUUUCUUAGGUUCAUUUUAAUUUAGUCACCGUCAGUGCCGAGUGUCCUGAGACAAUGAGGCCUUCAGCCGGUCUGACCAGAGCCGGGUCGUCAGCCGAGGGCGUCGCCGCGGUGCGUCCUUCUGAGGCCCAUAGCCAAAGGGAUUUAUUAUGACUCUGGUCAGCAGGCGUCUGAGGAGGACGUCAACUGUCCUCCGCUUUAGCUUGUUAGUGUUUCUCACCUCAGGUCAGAACGCAGAGGAAGCCGUCGGUCUGCUGCCCCCCCGCUUCUCCACCAAACUACCUCCAAAGAGAGCGACCUCAGACUGGAAACGCCCCGAGUCUCCUGCUGCUGGUCACCUCCCUGAAACCAAAAUGCCACUUUGUCAUUGAACCUGACGUUACCCCGACGUGACCCCGACUCCCUUAGACUCUGAAUGUUGCUUGUCUGACCCCGCCCCUCGCUCCUCAGCCCUAUGACUUUGUUUUGACACUUCCUGUUGGACUAAAGCUACUUCCUUUGAUGUUUUAUUUACCACUUCCUGUCACCUGCCUGCAGGUGUGUGCAGCCUCGUCAGCCGUGUUAAACCUGACCUCUGACUUCUUUAUAACUUUUCUCUCGACGAACACGUCGCAGCUUCUGAAGUUUCAGCCAAAAUGUAAAAUUUUAACUUGGAAAUUUAAAGGCGAGCUGAUUGAUGCCCAAAGAUAAAAAGUUUUUACUGUUCAAACUGUUGUUUCAGAGUCGAAAAACAAACUGAACCAAAACACAUUUUAUAUAUUUCUGUGAAUUUUCAGUAUUUUUUAUAUUGUGCUUCGUGUGUCAGGAUCCGUUUACAAACGGUCAAAACCAAAAGAGUGAAAGAAACGCCUCGACCAAACGAUCUAUAAUUAUUGAUUAUUAGAACCAGAGUCUGUGAGUUCUGGUUAUGGUCGAAUGUCUUUACAGCUUCUGUCUCUGUUGCUGACAGUGACCCCACGACGUCUUGCCCCUGGGACCCAGUGACCCAAUGAGGCUGUGAACUCACGACGCGGAGACUUUCAGAUCUGUAGAAACAUGUUGACGUCUCAGACACUUUGAUGAAAUGUCAUUCAGUUGCCAUGGUUGCCAUCAAACCACAGUUGCAUCAAGUCUCACUAAGUCAAAUUCUUGUCGUCGAGUCCAAUGUUGUCUCACAGUCGUGUCCUCUGUCCUCAGGGUCAAAGGUCGAGGGUCACUGUCAGCUCAGAGUCCAACAACAGAAAAUGUUUUAUAAAAAUGUUUAUUUUUCCAGAACUUUAUUCUUUCAGUUCAGAUUUUUCUGUGAAGAGGAAAUUCUGCCAAAAUGAAAACAAGAAUUUUGGAUGAUAAUUACUGAAAAUAUUCUAAUUAUUACAUGUUUUUCCUGUUUUCAAUAUGAACUUUUUCUUGUAGUUGAAUGAAAGUGUGAAAAUGUUUCUAGAAUUUGAUAAAAGUUGUUUUCAGCUGAAGGUCGAGCAACUGAUCAACCACACGUUUGUUAUCAUGAUGUUAUGACGUGAUAAUGACGUUAAAUUUAGUAAUUAUCACAAUGACGUCAUCAUCACGUUAUUUUACAAAGGUUAGCGUUAGAAAAACCGAGGCUGCUUAGUGAAUGAAGCUAGAACCAAUGAGAAAAGUGAUGCUUUAAUUUACUGAUUUCUUUUCUCGAAAACAUUUUAUUUUUAAUGUGUCAAAAAAAACUAAAACAUCCCAAAGCUUUAAUGUGAUUUUAAACAGAUUUACACCAAAUAGAUUUACAAACAUUUACAAAUGUUAAAUUACAUAAAAUUCUGAUGAAAUAAUUUGUUUUUUUUAUUGUCACUGAUUCACAUUAUUUUCUGAUGAUGAAGAUGAUGAAGACUAUUUGUGAAUAUUUGUCGACACAUGAAACCAAAUAAAACUGAUGUAGAAACAGAAA